AUGACUGCUGCGAACCCAGCCACGGCUACCUCGAUACCAAUCUACGUCCGCCUCGUCCCUUACGACCAAUGGCUUCGCAUCAAAGUCGAUCCGGCUACGCAUAUAGCCACGCUCAAGGAUGUCAUUCUCGAGAAGGCAAGAAUCGGAGGUGCGCACAACGACGAGACAGAUGCUGGUCCAUCGACAGACUCCUCACGCAACGCCAAAAAGGCUUUGUUCACAGCCAUUCUGCCUGCGGACCUGCCUAAAGCUUACCUCGCUCGCAAGCCCCGACGUUUCGAUGCACUGCAAUCAACACCCACUGACGAGAUUCGUGGGAAUGUCGAUACCGCUCGCUUGCCAUUUGUAGGCGUAGGCGUGCAAGAAGCUGCUCCAGCCAUCGAUCAGCCAUCACGUUCUCCUCGUCGAAGAUCAUCAGCCAGUCACGUCAAUCCUGAUACGUCGUCGCUUCAGCCAUCGCUCCCACUACGGCCCAGCCUGUCCAAUUCAACUUCAAGCCCCCACAUGAUGUCCGUAUCACUAGGCUCGGCAGGCUCAUCGAUCGCAGGCGGAUCGGGUCGCGCAACACAGAGUGUGGAUACCGAGGCCAGAUCAUCUCGAGGCCAUCUCCUCCACCUCGGCCGCAAUGCCAUCGGCUCCUUAUCCCCCAAGAAGAGCCUGCGCAAUCUUCGCGGAUCGCAAGCCUCCAAUCUGGAAUCCUCUCAAGACGGUUCCUACCCAGGCGCGCUUGGAUUGACUGGCAAUGAAGACGCGUUGCGUAAGGAGCAAGAGGCCCGAUUGAGGCUGGAGAGAGCAGUGAAGGCGCACCAGCAGCAGCGCACCAGGGACAGCGACUCGACUGGUAGGCAGGGCUCCAAUACCAGCACAGAGGCAACCUCAUCACCCUCGUCUUCAGCUGUACCGCUUGACGUUCCCGAAAGACAACGGCUCCUCAACUCAGCUAACGCCCGUCGAGCUCGAAGACAACGCAGUCGUGCGCUUGACUUUCUUGAAGGAGGGCAGAACAGCAGUACAGAGGGAAAUUCUGCGUCGACGCAAGACUCAAAGGAGCAGACGCCGCCCUCGCUGGACGAAGACGCUGCUGGUAUGCUCCGCGUCACCCACAUCACUGGCUCAGACUCUCUACUGGACUCCUCGUCUGAGUCGGAGAACCACCAAGACCACGAGUGGCAGCUCGGGAGCUCUUUGGAGGCGGGGGAUUCCAGUGGGACGUCUUUGCCUGAGGUGAAAAGAGAAGACCAUCUCAUUACGCCAACGGUUGCGAACAGGGACCGCUCCGGGACAAUCACCGCUGGCAGUCGGCCAGCGACCGCAUCGACUAGUCAGCGUGCACCUCAAGCAGACGUGACCUUUCAGCAGCAGUCUUCCUCCUCGUCGACUGUCGCUCCAGCUCAAGCGCCGCCACCGCCGCGUCUGGGCGGCGUGCACCGUAACGAGAUCUCGGCCUUCAUGCACUCCCAUCACCCGCUCGCAAGCCAGUACGUCCUCUAUACGCUCAGCAACGGCUUGCUCCUCGAGGACUUUGCGACUGUCGCAGGCUCCAAGAUUAGACCGUAUGAGCUGAUUGAGCUGCAGGCCUACAGCGCAGAAGAGCGAGUGCGACUGCCCCGUCGCAGCGAAGCGCGUGGAGGGCAUGCCAUCUUCGAUCAAGCGUACGUCCGACCAUAUGCCCACGCCUCCGCGUACGUGUACAAGCCGAACAGCUCUCCACGCAGCGCAGAGCGGGCUGGACUCGGGCAGUGGAAGUUGCGCUGGCUAAUGGUGUACGACGGCACGCUUAGCUUGUAUCGUAAGCGGCCCUCGCGAGUGGAAAUCGCGCAGGCAAUGGCAGCGAGUCAGGCGCAGGAGCGGCUCGCGCACCAGCAGCAGCACCACAUGCCCGGCAUCUCAUCGUCUAACAAUUCGCUCAAUGCUGCAGCAGCGGCCGCAGCUGCCUCGGGAGCGCUGACUCUACCACUCGUUACAUGGGAUUUGGACAAGGUGCGCUGGGUAGGGGCGGAGAAGGCGGAUGGAUCUACGAACCCGCCCUCUCCCGCAGGCAUGGCGCAAGAUUGCUUGACAGUGGCGUUCUCAGCGCCAGCGACCUCCACCGCCCCUUCCCUCCUCCUACCCCAGGGCUCGACAGGCGCGGUGGCUGCUGGCGGAUACGGCACACUUGGUACCGGCUCUGGUAUCGACCACACAAUAUCGCUGCGCUUCACGACGGACCAUCAGGCUUACGCAUGGCAUCGCGUCUUUCAGCGGGCGCAUAUGUGUGGAGUGGCGGCGGAGGCUAUCGCUGUUGCUGAGGAGGGCGGCCUGGAGAAGGGCAUGAGCUAUCUGCCUGCCCGAGAGGUGCAGAGAGCGAUGCGUUCUGUCGAUGAGGCGAAUAAGAUUGCAGAGAUGAGGAGCGGUACAAAGAACACUGCGGCGCCCAUGUCGCGGCGUAUGGCAGAGCAAGCCGAUCAGGUCCAGCGAGCCACCUCGCGACCUCUUCACUCGACAAGCUCUUCUUCCUCCCCUACCACGCCAACUCUGCUAGCAAUCGAUCCAGAUCGUUGGCGUCAACUCGCGCUGCAUCGCGCCUUCAUCUCCGGGCGAGGCGGUGUCGUCCCCCCGGGCAAAGCAGGUCGUCAUGCCGGUCGUAAUGCGCUGGCAAGGGCCAGGCUCAGGCCGGAGGGGAGCGAUAAUAGGCUAGAGGACGCAGAUGAUUGGAGUAGCGAGGAGGAAGCGGAGGAUUUCCUGGCAGUGGUAGGCGAGGCGAAGAGGGAUAAAGGGGAGGGAAGGGAGCCGAAGGGGAAGACGAAGGACCGAAGUGAAGCUGCACGACCGUCGUCGCAAGGCAGGGCGAGACCACAGUCUACCUCUGCGGCUCCCCAGCAGCAGUGCCAGCAGCAGGCGAGCAAGCAAGAGCGUCGCGCCUCGCAACAGGGCGCGAGCGCGGUGGGAGUCGGCAAGCCAAGACGACAGCCCUCCUCUCCCGACCUGAGGGCGUCUGCUAAGAACAGGUCAAGCGUAGGGCCCGGCACGACCGUCGCUUCCAGCACUACCGUGGCCGCAGCUGCAACGCCUACGUCUAGCUUUGGUGCGACCAUGCCUCAAGCAACAGCGGCCGGCUCGACGCGCAAGAACCGUGCGUUCAGCGUGGGCAGCGCGAGGUUGGGCAAGGGAAGGGCGGGUGUGUGA